UUGGCUACACAAACCUCUCUUCUUUUAUUUCUCUAUCCGAGGUUGUAGAUUCCAGUGCAUUAUUCCAGCCUCUUCUUUUAAAUGCACGUAUUAGUGUCAAAUCUUUAAAGGAGAAGGGAAGAGACGAGGGUUUGCUUUUGUUGGUUCUUAAUAGUUUGGUGUGAUUAAUUGUUUCUUCAUUAACAAAAUGGAUGUAUCUAAUGGGAACAGUCUUAAUCUCACCAUCAAACCCACAGAUUUUCAAGAAGGAUUAGAGAUGGGUAACAGAAAGUUUGGACAGCAGAUUAAUAGGCAGAACAGGAGAGCUUUGAGUGUGUUGAAUCAGAAUUUUGUUGUAGGACAACAAGCAUACCCUUGCGUUGUUAACAAGAGAGGAUUGCAAGAAAACCAUGGUGUUUGUGAAGAACAUCGACCCGUUACAAGGAAGUUCGCUGCUCAAUUGUCAGGUACACAGCAGUAUUACCACCAGGAACUUAAGAAGCAGAAGCCAUCGGUUCAAAGAACAAAUGACUUUGGAGAUUGCAUAUUUGUUGAUGUGGAAGAAAACAGGGCAUCUACCGCAGACCAACCAGUACCAAUGUUCUUAGAGCAGACAGAAGCAAGGCCUGAUGAAAUGAACAAAAUGGAGGAGGUGGAAAUGGAGGAUAUAAUUGAAGAACCAAUUUUGAAUAUUGAUGAUUGUGAUGCAAAGAACCCACUUGCAGUUGUUGACUAUGUUGAAGAUUUGCACGCGUACUACAGAAAAAUGGAGAAUUGUAGCUGUGUAUCGCCGAACUAUAUGAUGCAACAAGCUGACAUUAAUGAGAAGAUGAGAGCCAUCCUAAUUGACUGGCUGAUUGAGGUGCAUGACAAGUUUGACUUAAUGAAGGAGACGUUGUUUCUAACUGUUAAUCUGAUCGAUAGAUUUCUAUCCCAGCAAACGGUGAUGAGAAAAAAGCUUCAGUUGGUUGGCUUAGUUGCUAUGCUCUUAGCAUGCAAAUACGAGGAGGUUUCUGUUCCAGUAGUGGGAGAUUUAAUUCUUAUAUCUGAUAAAGCGUAUGCUAGGAAAGAAGUCCUCGAAAUGGAAAAUUUGAUGCUUAACAAAUUGCAAUUUAACAUGUCAUUUCCUACACCAUAUGUUUUCAUGCAAAGGUUCCUCAAGGCUGCCCAGUCUGAUAAGAAGCUUGAGCUGCUGUCCUUCUUCUUGAUUGAGCUUUCACUCGUGGAGUACGAGAUGCUUAAGUUCCCACCAUCAUUGUUAGCAGCCUCAGCCAUCUAUACCGCUCAGUGCACCAUCUAUGGUUUCAAAGAGUGGAAUAGAACCUGUGAAUGGCAUAGCAACUACUCAGAAGAGCAGCUCUUAGAAUGUUCAAGAUUAAUGGUUGGUUUCCACCAGAGGGCAGGGACAGGGAAACUCACUGGAGUAUACAGGAAAUACAACACAUCCAAGUUUGGAUUUACUUCAAAAUGUGAAGCAGCACAGUUUCUAUAGCAAGGAAUAUGUGUACAGCUACUAACUUUACUUGAUUGGGGGUGGUGGGUGGGCAUUGCACACAAUAAUUAGCAACUUGGGUUGCUGCUGCUCUUGGGAAUUGAGAAUAUUUUGCGUUCUACAGCCAUUGUUGGUUUUUAUUAUGUUCUAAUUGGACAUAUUUCUGUUUCAUUGAAAACAAUAAUUGAUGGACAGUUCAUAAUUAUUGAAAGAAGUUUCAAAUUCUUGAUUGCUGCUUUAGCAGUAUGAGAAUUUGUGCAUUAUUUAAUUUAAUAAAAGGAUGGAUCUUUAAAAUUAAA